GCCUAUAUAAAUCGUCCUGUGUUCCAUCGGAUUCUUUCAUUUCAAAAAUGAAGUCAUUCGGUGUGUGUUUUCUGUUUACUUGUUAUCUGACUAUAAUAAUCAUAACAGAAUCCGUCCAAGAAAAGAAUAUACAUACCUACAGCGACGCGAUAAUGAAAAAUUUAGCACUUUAUUGUCACGCUCCUUAUUACACCGACGGUGGCGGUGUCCUUGUACAGAACAAACCUCAAUUUGCAGACCUGCCACAGUCGGCGAAAGGAAGAUCAAGAGCGUUCGUUAAUGUCGGCGAGAAAAGAGGAAAUCAAUUUAAAAAUUUCAUGCUGGGCAGGGAUACUUCCAAAGCAGAAGUGGUCAGUCGGGUUCAAAAAGGAUCGUACAUACCGGUGAAGUCUAACGGGAAAAGGGACGAUUCUCAGUUUUCUCCUGUUUACGGUAUUUACACGGGGACUGACGACAGAGAUAUUUUUCAAAAAUGGCUGUCGUCGUAUUAUUUACAAUAA